CUGAGAAGUCCCCAGCAGGAAUUUCCUUCCAGGGAGCUCACCUGGGGAGCUCUGAGCUCUCCAGAGGCUGAGCCAUCCCUAGCAGGGAUUUCCUGGCACGGUGUGAGGAUCUCCCCAUUUCCCCUGUGCUCCUCUGUGCAUCCACAGCACAGGAAUCUGCUCCAGCCCCACUGGCUCCGUGGGGGUGGUUGGCAGAGGGAAUGGGAAUGGGAAGCUGCUCCUUGCCAAAGCCUGGCCAGAGAAAGGCACAGCAGGACUGGGCUGCUCCCCAGGAAUUGAAUUGCACGAAAGGAGUUUAAGAACUUUUAAAACUUUGUCUCAAAUAAGCCAGUUGUAUUCUUUAGUUUUCUGUGUUUGUUUCUAUUUCAGCCACUGUUCAGUUCUCUCAAAGCCUUGAUGUAGAAUCACAGAGUAUCCUGAAUGGGAAGGGAUCCACAGGAAUCAUCAGUCCAGAAUCUGGCCCUGCACAGGCACCCCAACAAUCAGAUCAUUUACUCCAGAACAAAAAAAAAUAGUGAUGGUUGUGGGUUUUUUAAAUUCAGAGUUGAAUCUAACAUAGACUGUUAAUGAACAUUUGUAGGUCUUGGAUUUCACUUGCAUGAAAAAGAGCAGCAGGUAAGGGUUGAAAAGGGAAUUGGGAAGUAAGAAACCGUAUUAAGUCAAAAGCCGAGAUGGAAAAAUACCUUUUAAGUGUUGCGUGUGGCACGUCUCAGUUACAUAAAGGUGAAGUGACGCCUCCCAAACUGUGUUUGCCCCAGAUGGACCCGUCGUCGCCGCCGUUCCUGCUGGCCAAGCUGACCCCCCUGCACUCGGAGCAGCUCCUGCAGGGCCUCAACCUCCUGCGGCAGCACCAGGAGCUGUGCGACGUGGUGCUGCGCGUGGGCGAGGCCAAGAUCCACGCGCACAAGGUGGUGCUGGCCAGCAUCAGCCCCUACUUCAAGGCCAUGUUCACCGGGAACCUGUCGGAGAAGGAGAACGCCGAGGUGGAGUUCCAGUGCGUGGACGAGGCGGCGCUGCAGGCCAUCGUGGAGUACGCCUACACCGGCACCGUCUUCAUCUCGCAGGACACCGUGGAGUCGCUGCUGCCCGCCGCCAACCUGCUGCAGGUCAAGCUGGUGGUCAAGGAGUGCUGCGCCUUCCUGGAGAGCCAGCUGGACCCCGGCAACUGCAUCGGCAUCUCGCGCUUCGCCGAGACCUACGGCUGCCACGAGCUCUACCUGGCGGCCAACAAGUUCAUCUGCCAGAACUUCGAGGACGUGUGCCAGACCGAGGAGUUCUUCGAGCUGACGCACUCGGAGCUGGACGAGAUCGUGUCCAGCGACUGCCUGAACGUGGUGACGGAGGAGACGGUGUUCUACGCCCUGGAGUCCUGGAUCAAGUACGACGUGCAGGAGCGCCAGAAGUACCUGGCGCAGCUGCUGCACUGCGUGCGCCUGCCCCUGCUCAGCGUCAAGUUCCUGACGCGCCUCUACGAGGCCAACCACCUGAUCCGGGACGACCACACCUGCAAGCACCUGCUCAACGAGGCCCUCAAGUACCACUUCAUGCCCGAGCACAGACUGUCCCACCAGACCAUGCUGCUGACGCGGCCCCGCUGCGCGCCCAAGGUGCUCUGUGCCGUGGGGGGCAAGGCCGGGCUCUUCGCCUGCCUGGAGAGCAUGGAGAUGUAUUUCCCCCAGAACGACUCGUGGAUCGGGCUGGCCCCCCUGAGCAUCCCCCGCUACGAGUUCGGGGUGUGUGUGCUGGAGCAGAAGAUGUACGUGGUGGGGGGCAUCGCCACCCACGUGUGCCAGGGCAUCAGCUACAGGAAGCACGAGAGCUCGGUGGAGUGCUGGGACCCCGACACCAACACCUGGAGCUCCCUGGAGAGGAUGUUCGAGAGCCGCAGCACGCUGGGCGUGGCCGUGCUGGCCGGCGAGCUCUACGCCCUGGGCGGCUACGACGGCCAGUCCUACCUGCGCAGCGUGGAGAAGUACAUCCCCAAGGUCAAGGAGUGGCAGCUGGUGGCCCCCAUGAGCAGGACACGCAGCUGCUUCGCCGCCGCCAUCACCGAAAAGGUGAUUUUACCAAAAUGCAUGGAGCGCUACGAUCCGAGCAAGAACUCCUGGGAGACCGUGGCCUCCAUGGCUGACAAACGGAUAAACUUUGGGGUGGGGGUCAUGCUGGGCUUCAUCUUCGUGGUGGGGGGACACAACGGGGUGUCCCACCUGUCCAGCAUCGAGAGGUACGACCCCCACCAGAACCAGUGGACGGUGUGCCGGCCCAUGAAGGAGCCCAGGACAGGCGUGGGCGCGGCGGUGAUCGACAACCACCUGUACGUGGUGGGGGGACACUCGGGCUCCUCCUACCUGAACACGGUGCAGAGGUACGAGCCCAUCUCGGACUCGUGGCUGGACUCGGCGGGGAUGAUGUACUGCCGCUGCAACUUCGGCCUCACGGCCCUCUGAGGCCGCUGCCCGCCCGGCGUGGCCGGGGCUGAGCCGCUCCUCGCCGCCAUCCUCGGCAGCGCCCGGCUGCCCUCGGCGCCCCCGAGAGAGCUGGGAUCCAGCUGGAGACGUGCCCGUCCAUCCCUUUGCAGAGCUUUGGUCUGUUUUCCCUCCGGGACGCGGGGCUCCCUGUGCUGGGGAGGCGCGGUGGGCGCAGCGGGGUGGGCGCAGUGGGGUGGGCACAGCGGGGUGACCCCAGGGCUGGGGCUGUGCCCGGGAAAGCGCCGGUGCUUCACGGGGUUUUUUAUCACCGGUAACUCAAGGGCUGCCUUGUUUCUGUAUCUCAAGGUUUGUACAUAAUAAAUGCCAUAGGAUGUUGCCUGUACUCUCCUUUGUCACCUGCUUCCUGGUAGGAGGGCUGGGAUGAUCCUUGGAGACAUUUACAAGGCAAAUUUGUUGCCUCCUCGGGACAUUUUUGGAUCUGACGAAGAGAAUUUGCAUUUUUAACUUUUUCCCUUCUGUUUUCUGCUCUUGGAGAAACGAGUGCUAGAUGAACUGACUUCAUCCUGCCGUGUGCUUUCAGUUGGAAUGCGAGGAGAAAUCCCAGCAGCAGCACUGCUAGCAUGAUUCCCAAUCAAACCUCCAAGCCAGCCCAUCCCACCCCUUCCUCCUGAGUGUGUCCGUGUUCCCCUUUUUUCAAGGAUUGUAUGAUUGCUUCCUCUGAGUGUUCCCAUCUCACAAUGGUGCUAAAUGUAGGGGUACCCCCGAGGCUGUUGCUGGUUUCGGUGCAUAAAGCAUGUUUGGAUUGUUCCA